AAACCAACGUGAAAAAUGCGCACCUUUUGCAUAUCAGAAUAUGUUAUCCUCCUGUUGGUAGUAACAUCUUAUAUCGAGGGUUACAAUAUUCUCAUCCUGGCACCCAUCACCUCACCGAGCCACAGUAUCGUGUUUAAACCGUUGGUGGAAGGAUUGGUAGAAAGUGGGCAUUUCGUUACCUACUGGAAUGGAUUGCAACCAAGUAAAUCGAGUUUCUCAAACAGAACGAAAAAGGACCACUUACGUCUUCUGAAGUCUCCGAAUCUCGUGAAGAUGAACAGCCAGCACGAAAUUAGUUUCAGCGAUCGUGAUAGCCCCUUCACUCUACUUUUUCGAUUGCCACGCAUUUUGAUGACCUAUUGCAAGGCCGUCUACGAAGAUCCUGUUUUUCACCAGCUGAUGCACUCCAAGGAGCGAUAUGAUUUGAUUAUCGUCGACGGAUUUGCCAAUGAAUGCACUUUGUAUUUGGCUGAAGCGCUUGACGUCCCAUUCGUCUAUUUGAGCUGUUUGGCUCCUCAACCGUGGCUUUUGUACCAAAUUGGCUCGCCAUUGGCUUUAGAACAAUUUCCAAAUCCUGCUGGACAUCGAGACAGGAUGAAUCUUGGGCAGCGUUUGUUUAACAGUUUGACGAGCGUAGGCGGUCUUUACCUUCACCGCUGGCUUAUUUUACCCCUCAUCGAAAACGUGGCAUCCCAGACGCUGGGGAUCAACAAUUUAACGUCUAUUGUGGAAAUCGAAAACCGUUAUUUGAGUUUACUAUUAGUCAACAGUCAUUUUAGUGUCAAUUAUCACCUGCCAACUGCUUCGGCAGUCGUAGAAGUCGGGGGAAUUCAUGUGAGUGGAAAGCGUCAACUACCAAAAUUAUCAACAGAAUUAGCUUCGUUUCUCGAUAAUUCGGGUGACGCCGGAUUCAUCGUCAUUAGCUUUGGUUCCAUGCUGAGAGGUGACGAACUUCCAAACGAAUUCCGACGAAUUUUCAUGUCAACUUUUGCUCGGUUGAAGCAACGAGUUGUCUGGAAAUGGGAAAACGAAAGCAGAUUCGAUGAAGACGGGGAACCGAUCCCAAAAAAUAUCAAAACAAUUUCUUGGUUACCACAACAAGCAUUGCUCAUGCACCCUAAAAUUCGGCUAUUCAUUUCACAUGGUGGUCUGUUGAGUCAGUUUGAAACUGUUUAUCACGGCGUUCCGUCCAUCUGUCUGCCUGUCUGGGCUGAUCAUCCGAUCAAUGCCCAGAAAUCCGAAGACGAUGGAUACGCAAUCCGUAUAAACUGGGACGAUUUAACCGAAGAAAAGUUUUACAAUGCCAUCCAGCUCAUGCUUACCAAUCCGAGCUAUAGCCAAAGGGUGAAACAAGUUUCUGCACUAAUGCACGACCAGAUAGACAAUCCAUUGGAUCGAGCUAUUUUCUGGAUCGAAUACGUCAUCCGUCACCGAGGAGCACCUCAUUUACGCAACGCUUCGCGCGAACUUGCUCUUCCACAACGAGCGCUUUUGGAUGUUUUUCUAAUUUUGAUGGUCGCCAUACUUUUAGCUGCGUAUCUUGCCCUUCGCCUAGGUUGGUUUUGGUGUUCUAAAUACAGUUUGAAAAAUUUUGUUAUUGGAACAAACAAGAAAGAGAAUUGA